AUGGAUCCAUACAUUCAAUGUAGAUUGGCCUCACAAGAUAGUAUAGAAUCAUUUUCAAAUAUGUUGAUGAAUGAUAAUGGUGAAAAGAAAACUCGAGGCCCUACACAAAUGCGUGAAAUAUGGGGAAAACAGGAUGAAGAAAAGAUAAAAAUCACUUACAACGAUUUUGGACAGCCAUAUGAUAAAAGUGCAAGCAAACUUUCAAGCUUUAUUGGGACAUUAGUACGGGAUGGAAAAAAUGCUCCAAUUAAUUAUAAAACUUGGCAUGAGGUACCUGCUAAAUACAAACUUGGAAUGUGGAAAAUCAUACAGAUUGAAGAAAAAUUUGAAAUUCCUCCUCAUGCUAAGAAUUGGACUUUCAGAACUUUUGGAAGGAAACUUAGAACUUGGAAAUCUUAUCUUAAAAAAACUUAUUAUUUGGAGCACUUAUCUUUUGUGGAGCAAAAGAAAUAUAAAGACAAACGAAGAAAGAGUGCUAAAAACAAGACUAGUCGUGCAGAAAAAAAAUACAACCAUACAACUAGCACAAGAAAAAAAGAUGGUGCAAGUACGCCAACACGUGCAACCAUGUUCAAAAUCUGCUACUCAAAAAAAGAUAAGAGCAUUACUAAUGAUAAAACAAAAGAAGCAAUGUUACAAUUACAAGAGAAAGAAGAACUGAUUGAAGAUGCAUCAAAAGAAAAGAGUAUGAAUGACGUUUUUUCUAAAGUUAUGGGUAAAGAAAAACAUGGAUCAGUUCGCAUGUAUGGAUUUGGUGUUUUCCCAUCUGAUGUGUGGAAGGAUAAAACUUGGAGAAGAAACCAAAAUGAGUAUGUAGAUACUCUCCAGUCAGAAGUAAAUGAUCUAAGGUCUCAAGUUCAAAUUCUUACUAAGACUAUUUUGAGCAAGCAAAAUAAUGGCAAUGACAAAUCUACACUUCAGGCCAUAAAUGCUAGUGCCUUACAUAAUAAAGAAACUCAACGUCAACUAUGGUUUUCAUCUUCAGCAUAUGAUACUCCUGUUGUUGAGGUUGGAGAAGUAGUCAAUCUUAAGAGUGUCACUAGUGAGCCUGAAACAAGUGUUAUUGGUAUCGUUUUAAGUAGAGAUCCAUCAAAAGAAACAAUUGGUCAAGUUGUUGGAGCCCCUAUUGCAUGGCUAACAACAUUUGUGGUUCCAAGAGAAUCAAAUACACAACUUGGUGACUCAAUGCUAUGA